CAAAACAUGAUGACAGCAAGCAGGUUGUGUUCACAUGCCAGACGAGCAGCUGCCACUGAGAUCAAAAUUCCUUUGACGUCCUUCUCACAACUUCCUUCUCUACCAGCUGGUAAACAACAUUUGGACCACCAGCUAAUAAGAAAGCAGGUAACUGAUUUGAAGAUGUUAUCCCGAAAAAGAAAACAUGGCUCUCCUGAUGCCCAGAGCAACCCAUCCAAAAAACUAAUUACAAGCCCGAGAAAGUCUCCAAGAAGGACCACUGGUCAAAAAGAGAACAUUCCCAUCUCACUGGCAUCACCCCAAAAGAUUCUCAGUACACCUAAGAAGAUGCAGAGGACCUCUUCAUUAGAAUCUCCUCCAAAGCGGAUCUCUCCACGCAAAACAGUAUUGGGAGCGGGAUCCUUCUACAGCAAGCAGAAACCUCUUUAUCUCACACCUCUGGAAAGGAAGCUGUUAAAGGAAACCAAGUCACCACCAUCAGUCCCUAUCAAAGAACCAUCACACCUCCCUUUGAAUGCUGGGAAUCCUGUUAGAAAACCAGUGAAGAAGGUUCAAAAGAAAGGCACUGGCGCAGAUCCACAGUCUAACCUAAAAGGCUACUUUACUGCUAAACCCAAAGGGAAAAAUCCCUCAGACACGCAAACAGAUCAUUUGUUGAAGGCCACGGUGGUCCCCAUUUCAUUUAGCAGUAUGAAAUCCAAGAGUAAACCCAAGCUGCUUGUGGGGGCAGCUUUCUUCGGCACUGGAAAAAAGCCCACUUCAAUGUUCAAAAGGUCUGCACAGAACGCAAAGCCUAAACAGCCCUCAACCUGUGAGAAACCCAACUCUCAGAAGCCCGCGAAGGAGAAGGAAGCGCUGACAGCACCAGGAGAACGUUCCCCAGUCCGCCGUGCCGUCUUCUUAAAAAAACACCCAAAAGCAGAAAGCACAGCUACAGGUACCACUGAUGAAGAUGGUGAGGGCAGUGAAUCAACGCAAGUGAUGUUGAGCUCUAAACAGAUGUCCCCUCACAUCCUGGCAGAUCUGCAUGGUAUUACCAAAGAGUUAAAGGUGGUUUUGAGGAGAUCCGUUAGUCCCAAUGGAUCCAGUGAAGCUGGGAGCCAGGACUCGCCCGCAAAAACGGAUUCAGUGUUUGAUGUGAGUGGCAUACCACCACAGGACAGCUCUCUUGAUGAAGAAGAGUCAUCUGUUUAUCCCAUCUUUGGCAGUAAGAGAUCUCAGAAAAAAGGGAUUUUGUCACCACCGCUGAACACCAGCACUCCUUCCGCACUUACUGGUACUCCUGCUCUUAAGGCCAAAGAGAGGACUGCCUUGAGAAGAGAGAUGAAGAAGCAGACAGAUAAUCAGCUUAUCAUUGAUGCUGGUCAGAAGCAGUUUGGUGCCACCACAUGCGGGUCCUGUGGGAUGCUGUACAGUACAGAUAGUCCUGAGGACAACUUCCAGCACACACAGUUCCAUCAGCGCUUCUUGGACACCAUUAAAUUUGUGGGCUGGAAAAAAGAAAGGGUUAUGGCUGAGUUCUGGGAUGGAAAGAUUAUUCUCGUUCUUCCUGAUGAUCCUAAGUAUGCCACAAAAAAGGCAGAGGACGUGAGGCGGAUUGCAGACAGUGAAUUGGGCUUUCAGCAGAUCACUCUCAGUAGCCCGAGCUCGGCUAAAACUUACCUGUUCAUUAACAGCGACAGGAUGGUGGUGGGAUGUCUGGUGGCCGAAAACAUUAGACAGGUGACUGUUUAA